CUCCUACCCGAGCAUAAGCAGCCUCUGAGAGCCACCGAAAGAAUCGUUUUAACCAACAUUUACGUGUUUAAUUUGUGUCGUCGUUCUCUAAUUUUCAAGUAUUUACCACCAACAUGUCUGCUCCUAAGAAGGGAGACUUGUCCUCAAGUGAAAAGGAGUUGUUUGAGGUUAUUACUGCAGGAAAUGUUCAAGAGGCCUCAAGGCUGUUGGGCUGUAAGGAUGUUCGAGUCAACUGUUUGGAUGAGUACGGGAUGACCCCUCUCAUGCACGCUGCUUACAAAGGAAAGGCAGACAUGUGCAAGUUGCUGCUGCAACACGGAGCGGAUGUGAAUUGCAACGAGCAUGAGCACGGAUACACAGCGCUGAUGUUUGCUGGCCUGUCAGGGAAGACUGAUAUCACGUGGAUGAUGUUGGACGCGGGGGCGGAAACGGACGUUGUCAACUCUGUCGGAAGGACCGCCGCUCAAAUGGCCGCCUUUGUUGGGCAACACGACUGCGUCACGGUGAUCAACAACUUCUUUUCACGUGCCAGACUGGAUUACUACACCAAGGCCCAGGGUUUGGAGAAGGAACCAAAGCUGCCACCUAAACUGGCCGGACCCCUCCACAAGGUCAUCAUGAGCACCAACCUGAACCCUGUGAAGAUGGUGAUGCUGGUGAAGGAGAACCCGCUGCUGGCAGAGGUGGAGGCUCUGGACAAAUGCCGUCGGGUGAUGGAGCUCAUCUGCGAGAAAUGCAUCAAGCAGCAGGACAUGAACGAGGUGCUGGCCAUGAAGAUGCACUACAUCAGCUGCCUGCUGGGAAAGUGUGCCUCCUUCCUCAAGGACCGCGAGGACAAGCUGGACGGACUCAUCAAGAGUUUGCUGAAGGGGCGAGACUGCGACGGUUUCCCCGUCUAUCAGGAGAAGUUUAUCAGAGAGUGCAUUCGCAAGUUCCCGUACUGCGACGCCACUCUGCUGCAGCAGCUGGUGCGGAGUAUCGCUCCUGUAGAGAUUGGUAACGACCCCACAGCUCUGUCAGUGCUGACUCAGGCCAUCACAGGUCAGGUCGGCUUCAUGGACGCAGAGUUUUGCACUUCCUGUGGAGAGAAAGGAGCCGAGAAGAGAUGUUCCAUCUGCAAAAUGGUGAUCUACUGUGGCCAAGCCUGUCAGAAGAUGCACUGGUUCACACACAAGAAAGUUUGUAAGAAGCUCCAAGAGCAGAGAGAGACGCACGAAGCAGAAUCAGCCAAACUGAGGACGCAGCAGAGUAAAGAGGAGAGUGACGCGGUGCAGGAAGCCACAGACUCCAUACAGGAGCUCUCAGUGGAGACCAACAGCGAGGUCGCACCCUCAGAAACCUCAAACCCCGCCCCCAUCGCAGCUGCCGACAACUGAGGAGCGCCCGUCAGCAUCCGCCAUUCUCCAGAACACAUCCAUACUCCACAGACAGAGAGAGCAAACUGGCAGUAAGACUGAAAGCCAGACAAGGACUGGUCCGGCCGGAGAGACGAGCCCGUAUUUAUUAUCGACCUGAGACUGUCACGGAGGCAGGGCGACACCGAAGCAUCCGAGGAAGGUUUGUGCCACAGCGGCCAUCUUUGUGUAAUUUUUAUAUGUUGAUUUUUUUUUUCUUUCUUUUUUUUUUUUCAGACGACAUUGUCAUAUGUGAAUGUGAGAAUUGCGUAGGCUGGUGUGUUUGUGGUAGAGGUCACUGGGAGGAAUUGUGGGUAAUAUAUGAAGAGCUAAUUGGUUCACGUCCACAAUGGAACGUAAAUCUGCCUUAAGAGCCUGUAGCAACCUGUGCGGGAAGGAAGUGACUGUGUGGCCAAUCAGAGCUGCUGUCUGUUUGCAUUGUACCUGAUUUGUUAUUGGGAUGUUUUUGGGGGUUUUUUUUGUACUGAUAACUUUGUGGUAGAUAGUGAGUGGAUAGCAUGGCUGCACAAUAUUGACCAAAAAUGUAUAUUUUUUAAAAUAUGAACAACAUAAACAUGAUUUAUUUUUAGUGUUGAAAGAUGAUGUUAACACUCAGGAUUUUCCAAAUUGUAACUAAAUGACAGAUUUUUUUUCCCCCCACUGAUCCAUCAUUUGUUGACCAAGCGUUGUUGUACGCAGCACAAGAAACAUCAUGUCCAGGAAAAACAUUCAUUAAUGAUGCAGCCUGAAUGGACAGAGAAGCUGAAGGUGAACGACACGUCCCAUGAGGCUUUGUUUGCCCUGAAUGAUCCAAAAACUUGAUCUUUAAUCAUGAUAAAUAAAAACCAUCUUCACCAUU